GCAUUUUUUCUGUUACAUUAAUUUAUCUCUUUCUUUGUUUUUGGCUCUUCUAAGUUCUAACAAUAAAUAAUAACUUAAACAACACACAUACAAUAGUUGGUAGUUACUGUUCUAUUGCCCAAUGUUAACUCACAAAACCUCGUUCACUCCAUAUUUAUUUAUCUAAUCCCCACUCUCCCCACAGCCAUUGCUUCCUCUCUCCCUCUCUCACCCACCAAAAAAAACAUCCUCCUCCUGUCUCUCUUAGAGCUGGUGGAGGAAAUUAAACAUGGAGGAAGCUCCAGCUCCAUCUCCAUCCGGACCAUCUCCAUCUCCAGAGGAAGUCAUCGUUGUGGAGCUGUCAUCAAUGAAAGACCAGACCCACAUCGUCAAAGGCAAGAGAACCAAGAGACAAAGGGUCCAAUCUCCAAGCCCAAUUGAUCUAACCCCAACCCCCAAUUCAUCAAGUGGGGAUAAGGAAGAUACCAAUUCCAAUGAAUAUGAAUAUCAAGAAGAUGGAUUAGUAGAAGAAGAGGAUGCAGACAUGGACAUGGCGAACUGCCUAAUCCUUCUCUCGCAAGGCCAGUCGAGAAUUUCUCCACACAGACAAGAUAAUACUGAUCAUCAUCAUCAUCAUCUGGGAGGUUACAAGUUUAACAGCAAGAAAUUGAUCGAAACGGCCUCGAAUGGUACAGGAAAGGCAGGGCAUUACGUUUAUGAAUGCAAGACUUGUAACAGAACAUUCCCAUCAUUCCAAGCAUUGGGUGGUCACAGGGCUAGUCACAUGAAGCCUCAUAACAAGUCCUCCUCCAUUGCUGCUGCAUCAGCAGAGGAGAAAAAACAGUUUCUCUCGUCCUCGGACGAAGAAUUGGAUCGACAUUACAAGAACAUCUGUUCACUUUCUCUCCAACUCAGUCACAAAACCAGAAAUUUGUACAACAAGAAGGUUCAUGAGUGCUCUGUUUGUGGAACAGAGUUCACAUCAGGGCAGGCCUUAGGAGGUCACAUGAGGCGUCACCGACCGAGUGCUAGUACCGCUGGGGCCAACAACACAUCCUUGACAUUGAAUCCAACAACAACAAUGACAUUGGAAUUGGAAUCUAAGCAAGAUAAGCAGCAAAGAAAGGUACUUUCAUUGGAUUUGGAUCUCAAUCUUGCUCCUUCUUCUACCCCUGAAGACAAUAAUCACAAUACUGAAUCCAAAUUCGCCUUCGCUUCCAAGAAACAACAGCAGCAGCAGCAAUCACCCAAUAUUGUCUUCUCCGCCGCGGCCUUGGUUGAUUGCCAUUACUAACAAGGUUGAUUGCCUACAAUUUGACCAUUCUUUAAGCUGGAAUCAAUGUUAAUUACGGAGAUUCUUUGGUUUUUUUUCUUCCCCCUCAUACAUCAAUAGUCAUCUUUGUUUAUUUUUUAUUCUUUGAUUAAUGGCAAGUACAAGGAACUUGAAUUAUUUGUAUGUGUGCGCUCACAGACAGCACUAAUUGAUUCAUAAAAAAGUGCA